CUUCCUCGCACGCAGUGCGUAUCACUACCUUGGCCAGAUCACCAACCCACAAGUCAACCUAUAUUCAAGUAUGGACGGACGAGGCUACGGUUCAGGCUUCUCCGGUUGGGGUGGAGGUGGCGGAGGUUCCUCAAGCAGAGACCUGUAUGGGUACAAGGACUCCAUGUCGGGCGGCGGGGGCUUCGGUGGUGGUGGCGGUGGAGGCAGCGGAGGCUACGGCGGUAGCCUGAUGAAGAGCAGGCUCUCCGGAGGCUCAGGCCUGUCCUCCACGGUGAGCAACGCCGACGAAGUCAUCGCCAAGAUCAACCAGCGCCUGGACAUGCUCACACAGCUGGAGGGUGGCAUGAAGGGGGGCGGACGCAGCGACAGGUUUGACCAAUACCAUUCCUUUCAGGAUUUCUCUCAGCUCCUCCUCCGCCAUGGGGCCCCGAGAUCUCUACAGAUCUGGCAGUGGCCUCGCGACGGGCCGGGAGGGGAUGAGGGGCGAGCCAUGGGCUUGGGCGGAGGCCUUGGCGGCAGUGGUGGAGGGGGCGGUGGUGGCGUUGGUGGUGGUGGCGGCGGAGGCUUUGACAGCCUCUCCAUAAAAUCUCAAAGGCCAAGGCGAGGCAAGCUGCCGUCCCUGCUGGGCCAGCGCAUGUUCCCCGAGACCGGGGGCUUCCAGGCACCCCCCCACGCCCACGGCCACGCCCACGGCCCCCAGGACUACUCCUCUCCUCGCCAUUCUGCAGGGAAGACUGAAGGUACUGAGGCCAGCGGUGAAAAGGUCAAGGAGGAAACCAAGGACUCAGCCAAGGACUCUGCUGCUGCUGCCAAGCCUGCCGCUGAAGGAGACAAAGGAGGGGUGACCAUCCAGGAGGAGAUCACUCAGAUCAAGAAAAAGCUACAGGGCAAGCAGCAGCAGCCGCCAGCCCAGGAGGAGGGCCUGCCCAAGUUUAAGAAGCGCCGCGGCUUCAUGGAGAUGUCCGGGGUCAAGUUCAACGCCCAGAGGAUGAUGUUUGCCUGCUCCGUGUGCAAGUUCCGCUCGUUCUACAGCGAGGACAUGGCCGCUCACCUGGAGAGCAAGUUCCACAAGGAGCACUUCAAGUUCCUCUCCAGCCAGCUCUCCAAGCCCACCACGGACUUCCUGCAGGAGUACCUGAACAACAAGUUCAAUAAGACACAGCAGAGGGUCACCCAGAUCGACAACUUCAGCGCUGCCAUCUGCCAAGUGCACAAGGAGCAGGACCUCACCAGAGAGAUCGGUAUGGAGCACUUCAUGAAGAAGGUGGAGGCGGCCCACUGUGCAGCCUGUGACGUAUUCAUCCCCAUGCAGUUCCACCUCAUCAAGAAGCACCUGCGCUCCCCUGACCACAACUACAACUGCAAGGGUAUGAUGGAGAUGUCUAAAGGCCACAGUCUAUCAGUGGCUCGCAGCAUCCUCAACCACAAGGUCAUCGGCAAGAAGCUGGAGAGCUACCUCAAGGGUGAGAACCCCUUUUUGGGUAACCAGGACGACCAGGACCCUGACGACUCCAUGACGAUGGAUGUGUCUAUGGCCGAGGUGAGCAGUCAAAGCCUGCCAGAGGCGGAGCUUAAGGAUGACGAGGAGGAGCCCAAGCCAGAAGGCAAUGGUACCCAUGACAACGGCGAAGACGCAGCCGCCGCCACAGAAGAGCCAGAGGCAGGCGAGAACAAGAUGAAGAUGAAGGAUCAGGACGGUGCGAACAGAGUGGGAGAGGAGGAGGAGGGUGGUGAGGAAGGGGAAGAAGGAGAGGAAGGUGUGGAGCUGGGCGACGAGGAGGCCGACAGUGUGGAGGCCGAGGAGGGAGACGAGAUCCUCGACGGAGACGAGGAGGAGGAAGAGGCGGCGGCAGCAGCAGCUGAGGAGGAGGAGGCGGCGGCUGAGAAGGAAGAGGCAGAGGCAGCUAAGGAAGACGCCGACGCCUCUGACGGCGAGAAGGAGACAGAUGACGCGGCCAACGCAGAUGUGGUCAUAAUCGAGUGACACCCCCUCCCUCCAUUUCUUCCUGCCACAUGACCUUUUGACCUUUAGUAUGUACUCUCUCUACCAGCCCCCCCACCCCCCCACAGUCAUAUGAACCAUACAUGUCUGCCCAUGUCCGAUACGGGGAUGCUGUACCCAGGGCUGCUCUCUGGCCAGUGCUGAGGGGUUUGGGCUCGAAACGUCCACUAGUCUUCGUCGUCAACAACUGGUCUCCAACCACUAGUCAACAACUGGUCCACUAGACAACAACUAGUCUCUGAGCGGCAUGAUUGGCCUGAUCCUCUCUACAUUAGCUGUUUACUUUUCAUUGGUUGUUUUUGUGUGUGACCCUUGACUUUCAUUCAUGCCCCAGGCCAAAAUGAGGAACCUGCCCGUGUCCCUAA